UUGUGUUUUUCAGUUUCAUUACUAUUAUUAUUAUAACAUUAACAACAUAAACAGUGUUCAUAAGAUAGGGUUUUAUUUGUUAUAUUUGAGGGUUUGAAAUUGGUCCUUCCUUUUCCAAUCUUCAUUCUCUCUCUUCAAAUCCAAUGCUUAUGCUUAACCCCGUGAUCCUCUACAUGUAAUCUCACCAUAACUUCCAUAAACCCUCCUUUUCAAUCAUGUCUCACGGAUCUCCUUCUCCGCUUCCCGCCGACCGAUCACCACCUUCGCCGGAACCCGAUUCCCAAAAUCCCACCACCACCGCCGCCGACGCGGUUCCCAAGGAGGAAACAGCCACCGCUCCACCACCUCCGACCACGAGAAGCAACCGUCCUUCCCGCGCGUGCACGAUUCGCGCCGCUCAACGUCUCUAUUCCUCUCCGCCGGUAAUUGAACGGAAACCGAAAAAGGAACAACGGCGGCAGCGUGAGAGGGAGAGGGAGAGGGAGGAUUCUCCGGAGUCUUCACCUUCUCCGCCGUCGCAAUGCAGUAAGAUCGUUACCCCGUUGGUUGAACCGCCGUCUGAGUCGCAGUUGCCGCGGUGGAAACUCCGGUCGAUGUGGGAGUUAGCUUCCGUACUCAAUUUCUUGAAUCUAUUUAGGCCCCUGCUGAAUAUCUCGCUUGAAUUUUCUGCUGAAGAGUUUGAGACUGCUCUUCUUAACCCCAAUGACACUUUGUUUUACAUUCACAUGCCUUUGUUAAAGGCAAUCCCUCCUAUUACACGAGUGGCACUCACACGUGAUACUUGGAUAACCGUAUUAUGCAGAAAAUUGAGAGAUUGGUGGCAUUGGGUUGCCGAGGGGGAUCUUCCGAUUGUUGCUUCACAAGGGGCGGAGAUUGAAGUAUAUAAAUCACUUGAUCCAGCCGUCCGUGUUAUCAUCUUAAAAGCAUUAUGCGACAUUCGUGUUGAGCAAGAAGAUAUCAGAAAUUUUAUUGACAACUCAGUCAAACAUGGUGUUCAACUUUCAACAUUCCGUAAAGAGCGUAUUGGAGGUGAUUCAAAUGGCAUUUCUUAUUGGUAUGAAGAUGACCCCGUGAUUGGUCAUAGGUUAUAUCGAGAAAUAAGAAAAACUGAAGUGAUUCAACCAAGGAAAGGGAGAGCAAGAGGUUCCCAGGUUCUCUCUAAUACGUCAUACCAGUGGGAAGCAGUUGCUACCAAUUUUGAUGAAUUUCAAGAUGUUUCUGAGAAACUUUUCUCUAGUAAAAACAGAACAGAGACUUCUGUUGGGAAAAAGCUGAAGAUAGACAUGCUUCCGGAAAUUGAGAAAGUUCACAAGAAAAAAGAGAGAUUGCUGAAAAAGCAACACAGAGAAGCUCUUCUUCUUGAUAAUUACUUGGUUACUGAUGGGCUUUCUGCUGGGCGUGCACUUCGUGACAGGAAACAUGUAACUUACACUUUCGAUGAUUAUGAUCGAUCCAUCAAUGAGGCAAUCAAAGUAACCAAGCGGAAACAGACAUCUCCAGAACCUAUGCCCAGGAGAGAACCAGUAGCAAAACCUGACGCUCAAACUAAUGGUAACCAUGGUCCUUCACACGCAGCACAACAUCAGAAUUUUGGUAUCUCAUCUACAGAAUCACCCGGCUCUGACUCUGACUCUGACUCUGAUGAAUAUGAUAAUACUGACAAUUUGGACCGAAGCGGUCGUCGAAGAACGAAACCUAAGCGGUAUUCAGAGAACGAGUUUGUUGAAGAAGUAUCGGAUUAUGAGCCAGAGUUUGACAGCGAUGAUGAUAUUGUUGGAGAAGCUGUAUAUGAUGAAGAGUAUCUCAAGAAACGCAAGCAAAGAAGGAAGCAUUCUAGUAGCUCUGAAGGAGAUGAAGAAGAUGAAUGGGAUGAUGAUAAUAUAGAAGAUGAAGAAGAAGAGGAAGAUGAUGAGGAAGACUCGGGAAGCAUCAGCGAGGAUAGUGACAAACCCCGCAAAGUCAAACGAUUGCCUGGCCGAACUAGAAGGGAAACUAAACGCAGGUCUGUGGGUGAGAUUCAAUCAAGUCCAAGACGCAGUAGGAGGGCUACUAGAAAUCGUAUAGAUUACCGACAAUAUGAGAUGUCGGAUUCAGAAACCGAGUUCACCAAACUCAAGAAGUCUAAUGCAUCAGCUAAUCACUCAGAUCCCAGCGAGAAUGAGAUUGAGAAUGAUAAUGAGAAUGAGAACGAGAAUGAUAAUGAGAAUGAGAAUGGGGAAUAUGUGAUGGAAAGUGAAGAUUCUGAUAGCAUUGAAGACGGAGAUCAUGAAAUGAAAGUAGAUGAGCCUGUUGGUGCCCCUGACACUAAAGUUGAAGAGAAUGAACAAAACCAGCCUCCUGAAAAAUCAAGUAGUCCUCCUGGUCAAGAUGAAGUUGAGGGCACAGGAAAGAGACGUUUCCUUGAUUUGAAUGAGCUUGCCCCUAGCCCUGGUUUUGAUGAUGGUCCAAAUACAAUUAUGAAAGAUGAAGACAAUGACUACUGAAGCUUCUUCUGUAUGAGUGCAGGGAUUGUAGUUUUCUAUCUAUAUCAGGGACGAAGCCUGUGUGUGUGAUAGUAGAAUUAUAAAUUUUGUUAUAAGCCCAAGAGGAAGUUAUUAUCAGGUCUCCUCCUAUGGCAUAAUCUGAGAAGCCCUUGGUGCAUGAUUUACCACCAGAAACUGUAAGCAUGUUAAGUUAUGUAGAUUAGUUAGUUAGUUAUUUUUUCUCCAAAGGUUCCACCAAAAUGAAUGAGAAAUUGCUACGGGUUAUUUAUUUAGCUCAUCCAAUCAAUGUACAAUAGUUGUUAACUGGUACUGUAACUUUAAAGAGAAGUGGCUUUCAGAUUAUAAACAUGUAGUUCUCUUCCUGAACCCAAUGUUAAUCAGCAUGAGCAUAUGAGCAUCUCGGCUGACAUGAGUUUUCUCUCCA